UUUAAGAAGAUUUUAGACCAUUGAAGAGCUUGCAUCCCGUGCUUAGUUCGAUUCCUUUGAGUUUCUGACUUCCCUCUGUUCCUCUUCCAUGCUACGCCUAGCUAUGCUUUUUCUUUGCAUGAUAGGCCUAGGCUUCUUGUUGAUCAAAAUUCCUGUAACAGUCCAUAUAUGAUUUUUCAGUAGCUAAUGCCUAAUGGUAGUCACAGCAUUUGAUUCUACAUUCUUGAAAUUGUGGGGAAGUGAACAUCAUUCUCUUUCUCUUCCUUUUCAAUUGAAAAUUACAUAUGAAUGUCAUAAACAUAAAUUUUUUUGAUUGUUUCUUCGAAUUUUGGCGUGCAUAAUUGUCUUAACCAGCUAACAACCGAGUGGUGGAAACUCGGAAGACGAAGGAUAAAAGGGACUGUGUUGCAUAGAGGUCUGCCAUCAAAGUUUAUGAUAAGCUCUUAACUUUUUUUAAGAAGAAAUAUCGUAUUACUUGAAAAUUACAUGAUUUCAAAGCUACCCACAAAUCUUCCACCUCACCGGAGCUUCAAACUGAUAAGGAAUUUCUUGAAUUCCGGCGACUUACAACGCGCACGCUAUUUGUUCGAUAAAAUUCCUGAACCAGACCUUCGGACCUGGACCAUUUUAAUUUCGGCUCACUCUCAACGUGGGUUCGUUAAGGAAGCCAUAGAAAUUUACACUACGUUGAUUGAACGCAAUAUAAAGCCUGAUAAGUUAGUAUUACUAUCAGUGGCCAAGGCAUGUGCUGCUUCUGGUGAUCUUAUCAAGGCCAAGGAAAUACAUGAAGACGCAAUUCGGUUUGGUUUUAAUAAAGAUCUUUUGUUGGGUAACGCAAUGAUUGAUAUGUAUGGGAAAUGUAACUGCGUUGAUGGAGCAAGAUGGGUGUUUGAUGGUUUAGUUGUUAAAGAUGUGAUUUCUUGGACUUCAAUGGCUUCUUGUUAUGUCAAUUGUGGUAUGCCUAGACAAGGUAUAUUUGCUUUUAGGGAUAUGGGAUUGAAUGGGAUUAGACCUAAUUCAUUGACAGUGUCAUCAAUCUUACCUGCUUGUGCAGAUAUGCAGGAGUUGAAGUUAGGAAGAGAGGUUCAUGGGUUUGUUUUGAGGAAUGCAAUGGAAGGGAAUGUUUUUGUUAGUAGUGCACUUGUUAAAAUGUAUGCGAGUUGCUUAAGCCUUAAACAAGCUAGGAUAGUAUUUGGUAAAAUGCCUCAGCGAGAUGUUGUGUCAUGGAAUGUAAUGUUAACUGCAUAUUUUUUGAACAAAGAAUGUGAGGAGGGUCUUGCUUUGUUUUAUCAAAUGAGAAAGGAAGGUAUCAAGCUAAACCAUGCUUCCUGGAAUGCUGUAAUCUGUGGUUGCACACAGAAUGGCCAAAAUAAACAAGCGCUGGACAUAUUUGCUAAAAUGCAAGAUUCUGGGUUUAAACCAAAUCAAAUCACAGUUGUUAGUAUCUUACCUGCUUGUACAAGUUUGGAAAGCUUAAGGGCUGGGAAAGAGAUUCAUGGCUAUGUAUUUAGGCAUUGGCUUAUUGAGGAUAAAACAAUUGCAACAGCUCUAGUUUUGUUGUAUGCGAAGAGUGGUGAUUUGCUACAUUCGAAGGAAGUCUUUGAUAUGAUGCCACAAAAAGACAUUUUUGCUUGGAAUACAGUGAUCAUUGCAAACUCUAUGCAUGGAAAUGGAGAAGAAUCAUUGAUGUUUUUCCGUAAAAUGUUAAGCGUGGGGAUUAAACCCAAUUCUGUUACGUUUAUAGGAGUCUUGUCUGGCUGCAGCCAUUCCCAGCUAGUUGAUGAAGGCUUUUCGAUUUUUAAUUCAAUGAGUUCUGAGUAUUCAAUUGAACCUGAUGGCGAUCAUUACUCAUGCAUGGUCGAUAUACUAAGCCGUGCAGGGCGACUACAACAGGCAUAUGAAUUCAUUCAAAAAAUACCUAUAGAACCUACUGCCGGUGCCUGGGGAGCGUUGCUUGGUGCUUGUAGAGUAUAUAAGAAUGCUGAGUUAGGAAUGAUAGCAGCAACUCGACUGUUUGAGAUCGAGCCCGAAAACUCUGGAAAUUAUGUGUUAUUAUCUAACAUUUUAGUUACUGCCAAAAUGUGGGCUGAAGCUUCUGAAAUUAGAAAAAUGAUGAGAGACAAAGGAAUCGCGAAGACACCAGGUCGUAGUUGGGUUCAGGUGAAAAACAGAGUAUAUACUUUUGUUGUUGGAGAUAAAAAUAAUAAACAGAACGAUGAGAUCUAUAGAUUUUUGGAUGCUGUAAGUGAGAAGAUGAAAUUGGCUGGAUAUCAGCCUAACACUGAUUUUGUUCUGCAGAAUGUAGACCAAGAAGAAAGAGAAGAAACUCUUUGCAGCCAUAGUGAAAGACUGGCAGUUGCUUUUGGAAUACUGAAUUCAAGUGGGAAAUCAACAAUUAGGGUUUUUAAGAAUUUGAGAAUAUGUGUGGAUUGCCAUAAUGCUAUCAAGUUAAUAGCUAAAAUUGUUGACAUGCAAAUCAUUGUCAGAGAUUCCUUGAGGUUUCACCAUUUCAAGGAUGGAUAUUGUUCUUGUUGCGAUUUUUGGUGAUUUUCACUUUCUGAUGCUAGGAGCUGAUCCAAAAAUAGAUAAGAUUUAGUUCAAGACUUGGGUGGAUUUAAAUGAGAAGAUUCAUCGUAUAUGAUUUACGAAAGGCAGAGAUACAGAGGCCUAGAGCCAAUUAUUUACUGCAUCAUUAUCAUCAAACCAUGUUUGAGGAUCUUGACUUUGAUAUAGAUCUUGCUUCGGCAACAAUAUUGCUUAAGGUGAAUCCUACUGUGUCCAUACUAGUCCAGUUUGUUAUUUUAUUUAAGUUAUUUGAAAGGCAUUAUUGAUUAUACAAGAAACUAGAAAAUUAAUUUGAAAUGUAUUAAAUUAAUAAUUUGAAUUAUCAUUUUAAUACAGAGAGAGCAUGCACCAGGAUUUUGGCAAUUUCUUUAUUUUAAGCUUGUUUCCUAUUCAAAUGGACAAACAAGAUGACAAAGUUAACAGUAAUAGCGUGAGUGCCUAUCUAUGUCUACAAGUGUGCACAGAGAGAGCACAAAUUUUCACCACUCCAAUUCAUAAAUGCAACAAAGCAUGUUUGACAUUGUUGCAGACAGUUUCCAUAGAGACUCCACUCGACAAGCAAGUCAGGAAGUCGACCUUACAUAACAUAUACACA